AUGGGCACCGGCAUCGUCGAAGACACUAAUUCGACAGAUCGUCCGACCGAAUACGGUUCCACUGACGCUGAACAAAUGGACGAUUUCUUGUUUUUGCUUGCCUGUGGUUUUUUGUCUGUCGAUGCACGUGUCUUCUAUUACGUGUACCGAAACGCGUUUUCAAUUCUGCUGUCUGAUUAUCCGGUCAUGCGAAUCGUGUUUUUCUUUUUAAUUUUUGUAGUGUGCCACGGCGAAGUGAACGACCAUUCGGAAAUUGGUCCUCAGCAUUGA